UGGUACAAUUACAAGAUCAUCGAUGCGAUGUCCGCCUGUGUCUGUCCAUUGCUGGCCACAUCGUCUGCACUUGGUUUCCUCUUCUGGUGUGGAUUCCGCUUCGGUUCAAUCCUUUGCGUUACCCCAUUCCUUGUGCUAGCAAUCGGUGUCGAUGACGCGUUUCUCAUGAUGCAGUCGUUGAUGCACAUCUCCAAUAGCGAUCGGAAGAUGUCCAAGCGAGAACGUGUAGCAAAUAUGUUGGUUGAUGUUGGCCCAUCGGUCACCAUCACUUCGAUGACGAAUGUCAUGGCAUUUCUCGUCGGGUAUUUUACACCAACACCUGAAAUACAGUUAUUCUGCAUUGGAAACGCCAUCGCCAUAUUAUUCGACUUCAUCUAUCAGGUCACAAUGUUUGCCGCCAUUUUAUCGGUUACCAGUGAUUUGCACACGCGUAAUCGUCCAUUGGCGAUCGUCAACAAGCAAUGGAGAGAACUUGAAAGCGAGAAGCCCGGCAAUCUUAACGAUCCUAAGAGGUUAGCAGAAGUGAACAAGCUUAUCGAACGUUUCGAGUCGUUUCCAGAAUGUCUCGGUUCUAAUUUCAGUCAUUACUUUGUUCGUGACUAUAAACUCUUCAACGAAAUGGUGGAGUUUGACGACGAGACAUCAUUUGGCAUGGACGUUGCGGCUUCAAAUCGAAGUGACGCCUUCUCCAGAUCUGCUAUGCAACCGUUCUUCUCAUGGCCUGAAUUCAGGCACUGGAAUGGAUUCGUGAAAUUUGACGAGCAUGGAAGGUGA